AUGAAAUUUUUCCUUUGUUUUCUCAUUAUCUGUUGUAUCGUCUGUAGCAUUCCGGCUCAUGCAUUACCUGUUAAUGAAGAUCAAUCUCCCCGCUUCGUGAAGCGUUGUAGUUUUUUCAGUAGACUUAUUGGUGAUUGUGAUGAUGGGGUUGAAUUUGGUGGAAAUUGUUCGGUUCUACCUUGUAAAGAUGAUCUGGAAUGUAAGGUUAAUCAGAAUGGAACUCCUACUUCGAUUCUAUUUGGAACAGCAUUUGCAACACGUCUUAUAUUAUUUCAGUUUUCUAAUAUUACUCAAAUACUUGGUAGUCGAGUAGAGAUUGUGACGCCGGUAACGAGUUUUAACCGACGAUUUUUACCAUGUUUUCAAUUACUUGGAUAUCUUCCAAGUUUUUCGAUCAAAUUAAUUUAUAUAAUAAUAGAUUUAGUGUUGGCUUAUCUUUUGGCAAAUAUUACAAGGAUAAAACAAGAAUUAUAUAAAGAUUAUCCACGAUUAGAUAUAGAAUUGGAUGAAAUUAAUCCUUGGAUUAUUUCUGGACUGUAUCUAUUUAAUCCAUUAACGAUUGCUUCAUGUCUCUCACAAUCAACAAUUAUAUUUACCAAUCUAUCAAUUAUUCUUGGAACUUAUUAUUCUCUUAAAAAUAAUAAAAGUUAUGGAAUGUUUUGGAUUGCUAUGGCAACUUAUUUAAGCUUUUAUCCAUUAAUGUUAGUUAUUCCUACUACAUUUAUGUUUACUAAUAGUGCAAAAUUUAGAGGAAAGAAUUUAAAGAAUGAAAUUUUUGGAUGUGCGGGUUUAUAUGUUGGAUGGUUGACGGGAUUAUUAAUUUUGUCUUAUUUAUUUGUUAAUUCCUGGGAUUUUUUAUCCGCUACAUAUGGAUUUAGAAGUUUUUUCUUGGUGGUAUUUCAAUUGCAUGCAUUCGUUUUUGUUGUUCCUGUAUCUUUAAAAUUCAGUGGAAUAAUGGCAGUAUUUAAGUCAUAUCCAUCCAUUGGUGAUGCUUCUCUUUAUCUUGCUUUCUUACCAAUCUAUUCUGAAAUUGUAAAAUGUAGUGGUAAUGCUAAUUUCUUUUAUGCUAUAACUUUAGUAUAUAGUACAGGUAAUAUUAUAUUAUUAGUGGAUGUUACUUACUCUAUGCUUAGAAGGGAAUUUGAUAUUUGGAAUCCUGAUUUAAAGAAUUGUGAAAUUACUCAAAAUUGA